AUAACAUGGGACUUAUGUUGGUAAGGUGACGAUAUAAAAAUUGCUUAAUUUGUUAAUAACUGAAAGGGAAAUAAAAAUACUGAGCCAAAAAACAUAAGAUUGAACAGAUGUAUCAUUAGUUUGCAUUCAAACGUAUCCAAACUUUGAGCUGCCCCCUGGUGUUCAGGAGGGCCAUGACAGGAAGAGAAAUAAUUAACUGCAUGUUUUAGUUCUCAGCUUUGGUAUCAACCGGAGACCUGAGGGGUCUGGAGGACAUGAAGGAACAAAGUAAUCUGAAAACUAAGGCUGGACUAGUAUUAUUAUAGCACUUUAAUACAGACAGGUAGUGAAUGAAGGGAAUUUAAAGACUGUUGUGACUCUUAGGGCAAAUCAGGGCUAGCCGUUAGCCUCAAGUUAGCUUAGAGUUAGCUGUAAGUUUCUCUCUCGGCUUCUCUGUGCUAAUAACACACACACACACACACACACCCACACAAAAUGCAGUGUAAGCAGGUGGCAGUAAUAAUGACCAGUUCAUAAAUGAAACAAACGUUGAAUAAAAUAUUUUUGCCUUCAGGUUGAUAUUUCUGUAAAUUACUGAAUGAGUCAGCCUGGGAAUUGUUUUAUGUCAGCUUUUUAAAUAUAGCAUGUUGAUUCUAUAUCAACACCACAAUCAUCUGCGGAGUAACAUUUUCUGUUGUUUCCCAGAAAAAAAUGUGCAUCUCUUAAUACCAUUUCACAUCUUAUGGCGUCUGCUCGAAGAUUUUGUUAACAAAACUAUAUUGGAGUAAUCUGGAGUAUUGUUGUUGCAUUGGCUUGCUUUUCUAAAUGGGAACAAUAUUUAAAACAAGAAUUGGACCAAAGAUGAUGCAUUUUUAAAAAAAAAUAUGUCAUUUUAAAAUUCAGACCACUUUAACGUUCGCACAAUGUGUCACCUUAAAACUACCGUGCGUUUUAUUAGGAUAUUAUGUAGUAGACCAGAUGCCUAGUACAUAGUCAUAAAGUAAAAUGAAAAGUAUAAAUGGUGUUCAACAUUUUUUGCAUCUUAAAAUUGGAAAAGUUAAAAUGGUUUCAGAUAAAUCUCUGUGCAAAAUGUUAACCUACAGAGGUGCAAAGAUGGUAGAGAUAUAAAUCAACAGACUUGUGGAUAUAACUUAGUGAGGGGUAUUGAAUUACAAUAGAUACUUUUAAGAUUUUUAAUUGUGAAAAGGUUUGAAAACGAUCUAAAGAAUGUCUUCUACUGCACAAUUCUUUUUGUUGAUCUACUGCAUACAAUCUCAAUAAAAUACAGAAUUAUGUGGUUAUAGCAUGAAAAAAUAUGAAACAAAAUGUGUACAUUUAUCCACAUAAAAAAACAAACAGGUAUUCCUCUUACUGACUGACCUAUUCAAAUAGAGGAUACACAUAGAUAGAGGUUGCUGUUAGCUGCCAUUGCAAGCACUAUUUUAUAUUUCUAAAAAUGUUAGAAUUUUAUUAGUUUAUUCCUGUUACAUUUUCCCCCAUUGACUGUGUUGUCAGCCAGGGAGUCGUCAAUCGUCUCAGUUUUCUCUGUUUGGCUCCCGUGCAGUUCGUGCUGCCACAUGUAAAAGAUGGAGGUCCUGGAGAACAUGGGCGAGGGAGCCAUGGAGACGGAGGGGUCCGCCAUCAUGGCAACCCUUCUCAACGGCAGCUUGGAUGGCUCUGCAAACUUCACCAACCUCACCUUCUUGCCUUACUACCAACACUCCCUGUACGUAGCGGCCAGCUACAUCCUGGCCUACUCCUUCAUCUUCCUGCUGUGCAUGGUGGGAAACGUCCUGGUGUGUCUGAUCGUCAUGGAGAACCGAUGCAUGCGCACAGUGACCAACCUCUUCAUCCUCAACCUGGCGGUCAGCGACCUCCUCGUGGGGAUCUUCUGCAUCCCUACAACUCUGGUGGACAACCUCAUCACGGGAUGGCCCUUCUCCAACACAGUGUGCAAGAUGAGUGGGUUUGUGCAGGGCGUGUCCGUGUCAGCCUCAGUAUUCACCCUGGUAGCAAUUGCCAUUGAAAGGUUCCGUUGCAUUGUGUAUCCUCUCCAGCCCAAGCUGACUCUGCUCGUUGCCAAGGUAGCCAUUGUGUCCAUCUGGGUGUUAGCCGUGGCUAUUAUGUGUCCCGCGGCAAUAGCACUGACUGUGGAGAAAGUCCCUUUCCAUUACAUGGUCUACAAUGAUGACUUCAAUCACACGCUGCCCCUUUACACCUGCUAUGAAAACUUUGCCAAUCCCCACUUGAGAAAGGUCUACACGGCGGUUCUCUUCGCCCACAUCUACCUGGUUCCCCUCACCGUCAUCACGCUGAUGUACGUGAGCAUCGGCGUCAAACUCUGCUCCUCCGCAGUCGCGAACCGAGAGCCCCAGUUGGGCAACAUCACGGUCCAGGCGGGAGGCAGGAGACACGCUCAGCAAGUGGUAUCCCAGAAAAAGAUCAAGGUCAUAAAGAUGCUCAUCAUGGUGGCGUUGCUGUUCAUGCUGUCCUGGUUGCCCCUCUGGACCCUCAUGAUGAUGGCGGACUAUGGUGGACUGGACAGGGACCAGCUGGACCUCCUCACCAGCUACAGCUUCCCCUUCGCCCACUGGUUGGCCUUCUCCAACUCCAGCGUCAAUCCCAUCGUCUACGGCUACUACAAUAAGAACUUCAAGAGGGGCUUUCAGGCGGUGUGCAAGACGAAGCCCUUCUGCUGUGUCGCCCGGCUGCAGUGCAGAAUGCCUCAAUGGGGACGGAGAGGAAGAUCUGCACAAGCGCUGUCGGAAGGGACCGAACUGAGAGAUGGCAGCAACAACCACAGCAACUUUCUGUUGGGACUAAGAAACCGCGUUCACAAUGACAACAAACUGAGCGAAACGCCAGAAAUAAACAGGAGCUCGAGAAUGGGGUGUAUGGUGGUCCACAAAGGCAGAAGUCUCUCUGAUCAGGGGAUAGAAAUGGUAGCCAUACAUAAGAAAAGCAGUAAUGACGAAGGCUCCGAGAAGGUCAGCUCACUAGCGGUUUCAGUGUAUCAGGCAUGGGAUAACUGAGGAAUGCCUGGAACAAAAUAUGAACCAAACAAAGCCAUAACACAGUGCAUUGGUAAAGACAACGUCAUUAUUAGGACUCUCACUCAAAGCCCACAAACCCUGGAUCAAGUCUAAACUUUCCAGUUAAAGCUGCAGUAUAUAUAUAAAAAAAUGCUUUUUACAUAUUUGUUAAAAGUUUAAGACAGCUAAUCUGUGAAAACAAUCGAACUCCUCUGCCUUCUCAGUUCUCUGCGGUAACUACAGAAAUACAACACUCAAUCAUAAACAACCAAUCAGAGCCAGGAGGAGGGUCUUAUGGCGCGUUCACACCAAACGCGUUUUGAGCGUCUGGUUUACAUUCAAAGUCUAUGUGGAGGCGCGAUAUCGAGCAUCUAGCGAGGCACAAUUUGAAUCAUUUUGAGCGUUUGACACGUCGAGCUCAUCCUAGACUUUAAACGUAAACCAGACCUGACGCUCAAAAGACGUUUGGCGCGAACGCACCAAAAGUGCACACUCGUCGAACUUGAAGCGUCAGACGCGUUUUUGAUGCACGCAGUGCGUUUCGUGUGAAUGCACCACUAGUGCUGUCUAUCAGUUUUAACAAAUAUUUUUGUAAAAGGUACAGCUUUAAGUCGUUUCAGCUGAAUAUUGCUGCCUCUUUGCAGGCAUGGUGGAAUUAAGGGGUAAAAUACUCCAUUGUGGGUAUUAUAAGCAAAUGCCUGUAGAAGAAUGCCAUCUUGAAUAAAACCCAGAUCAAACUAUCAGUCGUAUGAGGAAACAACAAGGCGACUGGUUGGACCUGAAAUCAUCAACUACUUCAAAUGGAAACACAAACUAAACAUACAUUUAUGUAGGUCUGAGAUAUUCUUAGCCGCCAUAUUGUCAAGUACGUUUCGGCUUGGCUACAAAGAGCCACAGAAUCUUUGAGGCUCUUGUCUGAAAGUAAUUUUAAAGAAAAUGUGCACAUAUUAAACAUUACACAACCUGUCCCCCAGUCUGAUUAAUGGACACAAAAUGACUAUUAAAAGCAUUAAAGGUGACCUUAAGAUGCACUGUAGUCAGUGCAAAAAGAGCCUCAUCACUCUGCCACUAUAAUUUAUAUCAAUUAAUUCUCCCUCUCCAUUCAUAUAUAUUAAAGCUCAGCAUCAGCCUGACCUGUACAUUAUAAAAAACGGAGCAUUUACGUUCUCAUUUCAGCUGCCAUGCCUUCCUUUCUUCUCUGACAGCCAUUUUGUUUGCCGUUCUUUUAUUUUCAACCGGUACGUUAAGCUCAGCUUGUUCUCUGUCGUGAAACAAUGUCAGAUCCUGCAACAUAAAACAGCUAGCAUUCACUGAAAAAUGUGCCUCUAAAGAAAAUAAAACUACCUCUGUUUUGUAAAUGCACAAAAGUCAGUGAAAACUGCUUUCAUACACAAUUAAGAACUCAAAAAAAAAAAAAAACUGUUAGUCGACUACCUCAACUCACACCAGGGUAAUUUGUAUAUAAACUGAAUCAUCAAGCUAGUUUAGCACCACCAACUUCAAUUUUUGAAAUUAAAAAAAGAUCCAAAUUCCAUUGAAAAUAAAUCAGAAAACCCUUGCUGAUCAUAAGUACUUUACAUAAUGUAAUGUUACAUAAGCCUCCGCCUUAACUCUGAGCUACUCUGACUUAAACAAAGCUUGAAUCCCAAAAUAAGAUAAACUUCAUCUCAUUUAAAUAACGAAAAACAUUGCUUUAGGUUUAAUAAAUAUUGUUCUAUUGUUACUGCUGUCCUUUCUGAAGUUUUCCACAAGUAAUUCAGUGCCAAACUGGAGUAAGUGAUCCCUUAACUGCAGUAUGAAUACAUGCAAGAACCUGUGCCACGAACGUUGACAUUUUGUUUCAGUCUGGAUGCAGUGACUGCCUUAGAGUUCACCCUUUCAAUUGAAUAAGUUAGCUAAUAUUUAUUUGACCACUGGGGGGCAGUGGUCAUAGCUUGUGUGUGUGCAGAGUAUCAAGAUGGCCGUAAGACAGAAAGAAGGAAAGAAGUAAAGAAACAAGUCAAGAAAGAAAGAAACAAAGAAAAAAUGCAGAAAGUAACUUCAUUAGUCUGUAACAGAUUACUGUAAAUUUCACACCGUACCAAAACUCCCACAAAAUACUAAACAGUGGUGGAUCAUCAGCAGCUGCAAUUCCAUUGACCAGAAUAUUGCACGAUUUGACAAUUCGAAAAUAAAAGUGGGAACACGGCAAUUACAAACAGACUAAUUUUCUGAUUGCCGAUUGUGCCGCUGAGAUGGGUUUUCUUUGGCCAUAUCAAAAUUAGUUUAUUUUUCAAAACUGCAAUGGAAAUCUUUGUUUUGCAUCAGGCGAGUCACAUGAUCAACAACCAGAUGUUGCCGCUGGUUGCAAACCAUAAAGAAGAAGACAGGAAGUAGGAGGACGACUGCGCGGCAUAUUUCUUUAGUGACUUAACGCGUGAACAAGCUUAUUCACGUGUGACUUUAAUUGCAUUUCCUACUUAUUGGAAACGCCACAAUUGUGCAUCGAAAUUGAGUUAUUUCAACAAUAGCAGAACACUGACAAAAUUUUGCACACAGUUGUCCUGGAAUGCAGCUGGAGAUGAACAGGUCGCGUAGAGUGAUGUUUUCCUGGAUUCAUAAAUGCUCUUCGCACCUGAGUUUAUAAGCACCGUCAUUGGUUUAAGAAGUGUUAAAGGCUCGGAGUAUAUAUCUCCAGAUGGAAGCAGCCUUCAAUAAAUAUCAGUCCGAAGAUGAAAAUGCUGGUUUCCAGCUGAGAGAGCGUUCGCGUCGACUGUGAGCUUAAGCAUUGGAAUGGUGAUGUUAGAAAAUCUGGCAGCGGUAAUGUUAAGACGGACGCUGUGACUCGUGGUUUCUCCACAAAGUUGUAACACAGGAGAGGGGAAAUCUAUUGACUGAAAGGAACAUUUUGAGUGAUUUAACUAUGCCGUGGUCUGUUUGUGGAAAACCAAACCCAUACAGAUUGCUAGAACCAGUUGAGAGCCAGCUCUGGUUUGGCACUGGAACUGCAUUGGUGGAGGGGGAAUCUGUUAAAAUGAAGGAGAAUAAAGAUUCAAUGACAUCGUUCUUAAUUUGACUUUUCAUCCUGCUGUUUUGUGUGAGAGUCAGCAGAGAGGAGAGAAAAUGAUUAAAUUGAACUCUAUUUUAUCCAGGUAUAGAGAAGGAAUCUCUCUAAACUAGCUGUCACAUAAAGUUUUCAAAGAUUUAAGGUGUGAGAACUAAAAACCUAAAAAAAAGGUUCUUGGACACAUGAAAGAAGAUGUGUCGAAAGAAACCAAAGUAAAAAUGAACAAAGUACUGAAGUAAGAGAGUGAAAAGUGAAAAUAUGAGCUGAAGCCAACAUAAAGUUCAAUUUAUAAAAGAUACCUAAACAGUACAGCUUACUAGGUGUUGUCUAAUUUAAUGUUCUUGCUUCUUCUAAUGCAAAUGUGUUCUGCUGCAUGAAUAAACUAACUGUGCAUUUGGAUAAUAUGCAAACUGCUGUGUAAAACUAGAACGCUUCAUAACAAUUAAUGAUAAAUAACUCGAGCUUAUUCACGUGCAACUUUAUGACAUUAAGCAUACUAAAGAGGCAGUCUAAACUGAUAAUCAUGAUUACUUGCUGCUUACAAAUAUUUUUCUUAGAAGUUGGAUGGAUUUAGACUGUAUUUAUGUUUCAGUUGCCAAAUUUGCACUUAGAUGGCUCUUGCGGUGAAGAUUUAAACAACCACAGCCUGGCACACCAAGUGACUCAUACUUUCACAGCAGAAUUUACACAUGAGCCAAAAAAUAAAAAUAACAAAACCCUCCCAGUUAACUGACAGGGCUGCUUGGAGUCAUAGUAAAUGGUUAGAAAGGUGUCACGUCUUUUGGUUUUGGGCUGAAUUCCAGCUGUCCAAGAACUCUAAAGUGUAAAACUUCUCCAUGGACGUUGUCAGCUUCUAUUUACUUCAGUUCGCUGAACCCAGCUUUCAAGUAGUCGAGGUUGGUUCCCUUGAUGACGGCAGCAGAACAUCCAGGCUGUCUGAAACUGCUCAGCUCACACUGGAAGCAUCGCUAUGCAGACUUGCAGAGGAAUUUCUCAGCUGUGCACAAAGUCUUAGCAGACAAAAUGGAUCAGCACCGUAUGGAUGUACUUGCACUGUAGACAACCGAAAUGGCAUUUGGGUAAAUCCAAAGUACACUACUCGCAAAAUGUUAGAGAUAUUCUCCUUUUGGGUGAAAUUUGAAACUGAGAUUCACAACAACCUUUACAGGUGAACUUAAGGCAAUUUUCUCUAAACAGUCAAUUUCCCAUGUCCAAUUGUUCAAUGUUUCUCUACGUUUUGUUCUUUAACAAGGAGCCAAACAACAAAAUUCACAACAGGUGUUUGAUCCAUUGAUCAACCAAUACAUUUCCUAGUUCAAUCAGAAUUGGUAUUUAAAGAGUUCUCCUUAUCAUACUAUUCACAUUUUUAAUAGUAUGAUAUUCAAUAAAUCUUAAAGAAAUCUUAGAUCUACAAAGAACACCAGCAGUUCUUUGUAUAUAUAAAUAUAUACAUUUCCUCUUGAGACUAUUUUUUUGGAUGUUACAGUGUGGCUGCCGUAUGUUGUUCAUAUGUCUGAUCAGAGCUGUAUCCUUCCACGUCUAGUUUCCUAAUCGGUAAUAAUUCUUAAGACCAACACGCCACCUAACAACUGGUCAACAGUACUCAGGAUUCGAACAGGAUGUUUUUCCUAGAUGGAAGUGGCCACUUUAGAGUGUGUCAUCAGAAAGACUGGGAGAGACACAGGAACGUAUAGAAGUGAACAUCCGUUGGCCAGACUUUACGCUGAUGGCCGCUUCAUUGCGUAGUGUCCCGCCGAACCACAUAUAAGGGAGUUGAGAGGCACCCAAAUGUCACAUCAGACCAUUCGAAACUGUUCACAUCUGUGUGCUAGAUGACCUGUGGGGGUACCAGACCACCAGGCACAGGUUUCAUCGACUUGCAUGGGCCAGAGAGUUUACACUGGCCUCAGUACUGCUCUCUGAUGAAAGUCGAUUUAUGUUGAGCAGAAAUUAUAGCCACCACUGAUGUUGGACUUGUCAAUGAGAGUGCUAAGCAUCAGCCACUGUUUUUGGCAGAUGAGAUGUUUUAGGUGAUGGUGUUGGUAAAAAACGGGCAGAUGUGUCUAGUCAAUACAGAACUACCCCACAUUUUGUCAAGGUUACAGUGACCAGCCCGUACCACCUGAAUAGCAUUAUAAAUCUGUUCACUGUGCCCCCGCAUGAACAACACAAGCCUAAUUUUCUCUUCAUUGAGCUCAUUGAAGUUACAUCAUUAGGGAACGUCUAAGGGGAACUGGAGUACCUCAAAUUAAGUGGCCUGCAUUUCUCCAGACUUGAGUCAUCAUGAAGAUGAUCAUAACUCUCUACCCCAGAACCUCAAUGACUUGAAGGCCAUUCUUCAAGAUGAAUAGGAUGCCAUGCCUGAACAGACAAUGAGUCAACUUGUGAACAUCAUGAGACAUUGAUGCCAAUCUGGAAAUAAUGCUCAAGGGAUUCAAAUCCAUAAUAUUUUUUGUUGUGGCAUGCCUACCACUGUUAUGUUGCAAUCAUCAUUGCAUUCGUCUCCAUUUAUGCCAUACUUUUAUGAUAUAACAUCAUAGGAACAUGGGCAUUUCAUGGUUUUUAUGCAUUUUACCCAAAAGUGGGGUAUCCCUAACUUUUUUUUUUAGAACUUACACUUUUAUUAUUUUUACAGAUGCGAGCAAUUAUACAGCCAUACAUCAGUAGUAUUUAACACAAGUGUUGACAAUAUGAAGCUUUCCAUAAAAUAAACAUCUUAGCAUGAUAUCUUACGACCUCAGUAUCACAUCUGUAGACUCAUCACCCUACAACUAUAAAAUAAGGAUAACACUUUGGGUGGGAUAGCUAAACACCUUUGGUAUAACUUUUAGAAAGAUUUGGUUUAUAGCCCUGUACACCUCAUCCCAAAAGUUUUGAAGUUUGGGGCAUGACCAAAAAAUGUGUGUAUGAUUGGGGACCGCUGAGCCACAGUUUCUCCAACACAAGCUUGGUACUUUAGGAUCCAUCUUAGCAACUACAUCUGGGUUCCUGAAAUAUCUGCUAAUAAUUUUCCAUUUAUAUUCCCGCCACGUAUUUGAGUUUGUAACACGAUGUGCCUCAGUCCAGACUCCCUCCCAUGUUUUGUCAGAAAUUAUUUUGGCCGCCUCUGGCUCCCAUCUUUGUUUUGUCCAAGUGGGAUCAUCCCUAACUUUUUGUGAGUAGUAUAUGUUUGCAUUACCACAGGCAGAAUGAAAAUGGACAUUAAUUUGGACAUCAACAUGCCCAUAAAGCUGAGCCCAGUAGAAGUAAGAAACUCUUCAGUCAAUGUGAUGAAUGGAAAACUACUGACCUCAACUCACCUUUAGAUAGAGUUCCUCUUUUCGUCAUGUGUACCCCCAGCCUUUCUCACAGAACCCAACAUGAAAUAUGCACCUCAAAGUGGUUUUCCCAAAUCAUGACCCAGGGUUAAACCCGUUGCCAGUAUCUGUAAGGGUGAACAACCCAAGGCCUGUGUGGUGUUAAGCAGUCAUGUGUUGAUGUGGCUUAGUAUUGGUUAGCCAUAAACUUAAAGCCAGAUUCCUAAUUAUAAAUGCUUUGGUAAUCUGGCUGUGCCUUGUUGUGUUCCCAAAAUGAACAGGGAUAAAGUGCAUUGGAAAAAAAACAACAACCACGAAACUGAACAAAUAUGAAGCAUGAUGAUAGUAUCUUAAUUGCAAACUCUGAGCAGAUGUGAUUACUGUAAAAAUUGUAUGUUUCUAGUUCUAUGUUUUUAUCAUAAAGAUGACUGUAAAAGCGAAUAAGGUGGGUAAGCACAAUAUGUAAAAGUUCUGUGUGGAGAAAUGUCAACUAUUAAACCUUACUGCUUUUUUCCCAAAUAGUGCAAAGAGAGACAAAUGUGAAGUGUUCGAAAUAGACGACUGGAACGUAACGCAACAGACUAAGUCACAUUAGAGUCAUCGUUCAAAGGCAUAAUUAUGUGAUUAUUUAUUGUGGUUAUGCUCUUUCAUGUUUUUUGUCUUAUUUAAUAAUUUAUUUAUUGAUUAUUUCUAUUUCAUUUUGAUAUAUUGUUUUAUUUUUGGGAGAUAGACUAAGCAUAAAUUUAUUCUUAUAAAAUUGGAAAGCAACAACGAUCAGGCCAUUAGCUCUAGAAGAUUGAAGUCAACUUUUACACAAUUUUAGUUUAUCCAGUAAAUGACUGUAACAGUUCAGGAACAAAUCAGACUUUCAACAUCCAUCUAAUAUGUCGAUCCUCUCAAAGGAAGAUUUGUCACCAGAACUCUGCCGCUGUGCAGUUGGCAUUUCUCGGACGAAUUUUAAAGAGCUGUUUAGAUUUAUGCUUUUCUAUGUGAGUUAGAACCAGGAGGGGAAAAUGUUAGACUCCCAAAGACCAGCGCUGUUUGUGAGACAAUGUGUAACAUCAGCAGAAUUAGCUUCCUGUUCUUCAUGAUGCCGCUUGUUCACCAGCGUUCUUCAACAAAACCUAUUCAGGGGUGGAAGAGUAAAGAGGAAUGACUAUUUAAAAAAAGGGCAAAAUAUGUUUGAUUUUUAGUUGUGAAAAAAAAACAAAAAACAUUGAUUCUUUUUCGUUUCCCUCGACAAUAAUGUUAAUUCUUUGAUUUUUGGUUCUGUCCUGUAAAAUUCCAGUCAGGCGCAUCGAAGUCGUGAUGUGACAAAACGCGGGAAAGUUGCAGGGAUGGGAAAACAUUUGCGAGUCUCAGUAACAUUUAGGUCAAUGUGAUUUGUGUUGGUUCGCAGUGGUGCACAGUUUGUUGUCGACUGGUGACUAAAUGUGGUGUUAAUGUUUCCAGGUCACGUCUGUGUCAUCGUCAUUGUUUGAGUCAGCUCACUGUCCGCGCAACGUGACAAAACGUCUGUCUGUAUUUUUAGAAGAACGUGUGCUUACUUCCUCCAGUGUCAUAGACAAAGAAUGUUUAAGCCGCAGUGGGCUUUGGUUUUGUUAUCGCUGUUGAGCUUUUUUUGUGAAUGUAUUACAGGUGUCAAAAAGAAAAGGGGGGGAAAAAAAGCCCCGUAUGAUUUAUUCUUCCCCUCCGGUGAGUCACUGUUCCCUGAUGAAAACUCAGGAAAAGUAAAAGUUUCGGUCCAUGUCUGUGGCUCGCAGUGCAAACUUUGAACAGUGUGUGCUGUGGUUCUCUGAGCUCUCUGGUGUUGUGAAGCUCGCAGCUGCUCCUCGUAUCCGUCUCAAUAUGAUUCAACCCCUCAUGCUUUCCUUAGUGUUGAGUUUCUGACGUCAGCAACCUCUUUUUGUUCCUCGUUUUAGGUCUUUUUAUUUGUUCAUUUAUUUAUUUGCUUUAAUGGCAAAUGCAUCGAUGAGAAACUGUUUGACAAGCUGCAACCUCUAAUAAACCAGCGAUAU